UGUACGUGUACCGUUCAUGCAUUUAGUCAUUGUAUAUGGAUUUCGUGGUUCCUUGGUCGAACUACGUCUUCUGUAUUUUUGACUGCGUUAUCGGUCUGCGUGUGUCAUGCGUUCAGUUGGUUUUGUUGUGAUUUGGGGGUUGUUUUGGCUUCUGAUUGGACUUUCAUCGCUCUUUCCUGGUCGAAACAGCAGAGUUGGAGGUGAUAUCUUCCUUUGGCAACCACGACUGGGCUUUGGGAUGCGAGUUCCUAAGGCUGACCACGGACGCCGGAAGAAGCCGGAUGUUUGCUUGCAGAGUCUUCGCCUUUCCCGACAGCCGCAACUUUCUUCUUCUCUGCUUCGACAACCACCACAACUUUCAACACCAGUGGUCGUCCUUAUCGGCAUCAAUAUUCUGCCAUCAGAUGUAGACUUUCCCCUUGCCCAUGAUGCUUUCGCACGCGGUUGCUUGAGAAGCACUUUUUGCGCCGCUUCGGCUUCAAUCUCCAUCAAUGGCUCUUCAAAACAUCGAGCACUUCAAACCAGUGCCUGGCAGCUUCAAGCGCGCAUACUGCCAACCGACGCAGCGAUUUUCUUCCAUCGCAAGACUUGCAUUUGAUGCCAAGCCAUGCAUCGGCCAACAACGCACGUCCUUUGAAUUCCUCAAGCGAGAAAAUCCGCACAGCAUAAGAAAGUCAAUCCUUCUUUGCAAAGCAGCACCAAACA